AUGAGUUUUAUUCCACCGGCUCCUUUGCCUCCACCGUUGCCUGUGCAAAAAAGGGUUUUGUUAGAAGACACUUUUUGCUAUAAGCAUUGCCGUAAUUGCAUUUUGCUUGACUGUGCAUUAAACGAUUGUCCUGUUGUUAAGUGCCCUUUGCGAUGCGGCAGCCAAAUGCACACAUGCAAGGUUGAGGAACACGUUGCUAAUGUGUGUCCUCUGUUUGAGCUGCCAUGUGUCAACUCCGAAAUCGGCUGUCCGCGAAAAAUGGAGAGGCGCAUGCGUGGCCAGCACCUGCUGUCAUGUCCUGCAAGUAUUGUUCAUUGUACAGCCGAGUGGAAUCGAAUGCCUCGCCUUCUUGGAGAAAAGCGCCCCUUUCUCUUACCACCUUCCUGUAAUUGCUGUAAUGUCAGCAGCCAGUUACUGGAAAGAACACCUUUCACUCAGCUUGCACCUAAUCACUCAUGUCUUUUACGAUAUCACACUGAAAAAUUCGAUAUUGCUUUAACCGCAAGAGACCAAGCGAUUCUCGAAAUAGGCUCAAAGGUUUCGGACAAAACCAAAGGUGCCCUAAGGAGUGAUUUGACAAAAUUGUAUCCUGCUUUGCCAAUGAAAUCACCGCUGUAUGAUGGGGUUGCAAAGGUGACUACUGAUGGCUCGAAAAUUCACAUGAUGUCGUCUCCACACACUCUUAUUCCCGCUACACCAUCGGGAUUGCCACUCUCAGACCCCUUUGACCAAAAUGACAAUUUAGGCUUUGAAUCGGAAUCCAGCGACUUUGAAAACAGUUUCAUGCUAAUCGAAUCAGAAACAGAUGAUGUAAACAACGCCACUGAUGACGAAAGUCACGCAUUGCAAUCUGCCUCCAUGACUCCAACUACUCCGGUGGACAUUGACGCGUCAAACGGCCCGGAAACGACAAUCUCUAGUCCCUCUCCAAUGCGCCUGUCUUCCUCCUGUCCCCUAACCGAGAAGAUGUCCUGGGCCAUCAGCGAUCGCAGCCUGCAGGUCGACUGUCAGAUGGAGUUUUUUCCGCGCUACGUCCAAAAGCCACCAGCCAUGUACACUUUCCUCUGCGACCAGGACAUCCCGAGGCGAGCCUACGGGCACCACACGCUGUUGCACUCUGAGGCGCUGGUUCAGGUCGACUACUGGCUGGAACAGCGCUGUCCCCUCGCCUACCUCGGCUGCCCCUUCUCUGUAGUGCGUCUUCGACCCAACACGCAAAGCGCCUACCUCGCCUACAUACCCACCGUCAACGUCUUCACCGUCCGCUACACCGACGAGCACAAUCCUCAGACCGUUCGCAGGCUCAAUAACAGCAAUUCGGAAGACUUCAGCUGUAGCAGGCUCGACCAGCUUCCACGAGAACUUCUCCAAAAGAUUAUUAACAUGCUUGACGAGGUCAGCUUGAUGAGCUUGUCGCAAGUGUCUCCACGCCUGGCCGAGGCCUGCAAAGACGUGCUUCCAACACGCGGCAUCGUGGCACCCAUUUGGCGACGCAUCAGUUGCCAGGUCACCGGCCUGGCCGGCUGGCGAAUCACAAACUUCAUCUGGACGCUUCCAACUUGUGGCGAGCGAAUCCACAGCUGGCACCUCACCUCCACGCCCGCCUCCAUCGGCGCGCAGAUGACGCGCCACUUGAACAGCGGAUGCUCCUACUACGAGGAGCUUCGUGCACAGAAGCCCUUCUGUCUCUACAAUCCCAAAGAAAAGCUGCCCUUCGCUACGUGA